CUCCUUCCAAAAACAGAGCACCGCCUCUUCCACAUUUUUGCAGCAGCUACUUGCUUCUGACAAGUUCCCAAGUAGAUAGAGAUAUAGACCGGAGGCCUUCCACAGCAAUUCACUGAAGAAUCAGGGCUAUUUUGAGCUGUUUUCAGUGUUGGGUCCCAUAUGCACUUUCAAAGUGCUUUCGCAAACACAAGAUUGAGCCACAUUCUUGACGCUGACUAUGAGUUUCUGUUUCUCCAUCAAACUGGGUGUUCCUCAACCUCCUCAUCUAGCCGUGUUGCCCGCCCCUGUUUCCAACGACAAAAAAGUAAGACACAGAAUUCUAACUCUACCGUCAAACGGAACCCACGGAGGCAAAGGUGCCCAAUCAGCUGCACGAGAUGAAACUCACAAACAGUCACACUUUCAACCAUUGGUUGAUCUCCUACGGGACUGUGUCGAUAAAAGGUCAGUAGAACAAGCGAAAGCGGUUCAUGGGUUAGUGUUAAAAUCCGAUUUUUCGGGUAGGGAUUUGUUGGUGCUGUUAAAUCAUGUAGCUCAUACGUAUUCCAAAUGCUCGGGUUUUGAUGCGGCUCUUCGAGUAUUUGAUAAAAUGUCUGAAAGAAACGUAUUUUCUUGGACGGUCAUGAUUGUUGGGUCGACGGAGAAUGGUUUUUUUCUUCAAGGAUUCCAGUUCUUUUGCGAAAUGAUGAAUCUUGGAAUCUUGCCUGAUGGGUUUGCAUAUUCGUCAAUCAUGCAGACGUGUAUCGGUUUAGAUUGUGUUGAGUUGGGUAAAAUGGUGCAUGCCCUGAUUGUUAUAAGAGGUUUUGCAUCUCAUACUUUUGUUAGUACAUCUCUUCUUAACAUGUAUGCCAAGUUGGGAAUGAUUGAAGAUUCGUAUAAGGUGUUUGAGACCAUGACUGAACAUAACCAAGUCUCGUGGAAUGCAAUGAUCUCGGGGUUUACCUUGAAUGGUCUUCACUUAGAAGCAUUUGAUCAUUUCCUUAGAAUGAAGAAAGGAGACAUUACACCAAAUAUGUACACACUUAUUAGUGUUUCAAAAGCAGUUGGAAACUUAGGUGAUAUUGGGAAGGGCAAAGAGGUUCACAAGUAUGUUUCUGAAUUGGGUUUGGAGUCUAAUGUUCUUGUCGGAACUGCUCUAAUGGAUAUGUUCUCCAAAUGUGGGUCUUUAAGUGAAGCAAGAUCCAUUCUUUACUCGAAUUUCAUCAAUUGCGGGGUCAACACUCCUUGGAAUGCAAUGAUUUCAGGCUAUUCUCAGUGUGGGUUUAGCCAAGAAGCUUUGGAACUCUUUCAAGAAAUGUCUCGAAAUGAUAUAAAAUCCGAUGUUUACACAUAUUGUAGUGUAUUCAAUGCAAUUGCCGCAUUAAUGUUUCUUCAAUUUGGAAAGGGAGUUCAUGGGAUGGUUUUGAAAUGUGGAUUAAAUAUGAAUGUAAGUGUUUCCAAUGCAAUUGCUGAUGCAUAUGCUAAAUGUGAGUCACUUGAAGAUGUAAGGAAGGUAUUUGACAGAAUGGAAGAGAGAGAUAUAGUGUCUUGGACAACACUGUUGACUGCUUACUCUCAGUGUUCUGAAUGGGAGGAAGCACUAGCUAUCUUCUCUCGGAUGAGAGAAGAAGGCUUUAUACCCAAUCAGUUUACACUUUCUAGCGUGCUCGUUGCUUGCACCAGCCUUUGUUUACUUGAAUAUGGUCAUCAAGUCCAUUCUCUUCUUUGCAAGGCUGGCUUGGACACCGACAAGUGCAUAGAAAGUGCUCUGAUUGACAUGUACGCCAAAUGUGGUAGCAUAACUGAGGCGUGUAAGGUUUUUGAGAGGAUAUCUAACCCUGAUACCAUUACAUGGACAGCUGUUAUAUCAGGUUGUGCUCAACAUGGUCUAAUGGAGGAUGCCAUUCAGCUCUUUAGGAGGAUGGAUCAGUCUGGUGUGAAGCCCAAUGCUGUUACCUUAUUGUGUGUUCUGUUUGCGUGCAGCCAUGGAGGUAUGGUGGAGGAGGGCCUAAACUAUUUUCAACAAAUGGAGGACACUUAUGGUCUGGUGCCAAAGAUGGAACAUUACGCAUGUGUUGUUGAUCUCUUAGGUCGUGUGGGCCGCUUGGAUGAUGCAAUGAAGUUUAUACAAAGGAUGCCAAUUGAGCCCAACGUAAUGGUCUGGCAAACUUUGCUGGGAGCAUGUAGGGUCCAUGGCAAUGUUGAGUUAGGAGAGAUUGCUGCUCAGAAAAUCCUCUCAAUUAUGCCAGAAUUUUCAGCUACCUAUGUUCUUCUAUCCAACACAUAUAUUGAGGCAGGGAGUUACGAAGAUGGACUUAUUUUGAGAGAUAGGAUGAAAGAGCAGGGUGUAAAGAAGGAAGCAGGAUAUAGUUGGAUUUCUGUAAAUGGUAGAAUUCAUAAAUUUUAUGCAGGAGAUCAACAGCAUCCACAAAAAGAGCACAUAUAUGCGAAGUUAGAAGACUUGAGGGUGAAGAUCAAGUCCAUGGGUUAUGUACCAGACUUGAGUUAUGUGUUGCGCGAUGCGGAUCGAAGAUAAAAACCUGGUAUGACUGAUGGAAGCUCACAAAAGGAGAUAACUUUCAUCCAUUUACAAUAUCUCUUGUAAAUAUUAUAAUAUAAUCACAAUGUUUCAUAGCCGCAUAUUAUAAUCUCUCUGAGUAGAACUUCCCUGUUUGGGGAUGCCUUGUCUCUCAUAAUUGACAGCAUCUAAGUACCAAAAAAGCAGAGAGCACUUGAGGAAUAUUUGCGGACCCAUGGUAGUGCUGAACAUUGUUUGUCGAUGCAGUAUGGCUACUGAAUAGGUUCCUAGAGUGCUAGUGCUUAUGACAUAUGUGACUGACUUUGUUGAGCAAGGAAACUGAUAAAUUGGGACGAAUAUCUCGGGUAUUUUGGCAAAGCAGUUGAAAUAGUGUGCAAAAAUGGCUCAAGGUGUACGAAAACAAGGUCAAAGGUGAACUAUCUCCAUCUUUGCUGCAGAUCAACACAUCAGAAACCUCUACUGAGUUGAGGCUCUUCAAUUUAAAGAUGCUGGUAUUUUGUUUCCUUCUUUGAUACGACGAAAUGCGAAUGAAAAGCUUGUGGUUUUUGUUAUUGAUUGUUAGAAAUGAGCAUUGUUCUUUCACCUUUG